CGUCAGUUCGCAGUUCGUAGUCAUCAGUGUAAACUUGACUCGUCAUUUUCCUUUAAGAAUCUUUCAAAUUUUGUGCAGCAAGUUCUACUUUGAUCAAAUACCUGUUAUACCUAGACUGAUCAGCGAAGACCCGAAGUGAGACGGGAGGAAAGGAACAAGGAUGGGCAACUCCGUCAGCUCUCCCGGCGGAAAGACGAUCGCUAUCGCCGGCGGCGCUGCUGUUUUGGCCUUGGGUGCUUCGUACUUAUGGGACUUUCUCUCUAACGAUGAUGAUCACCUGAGUUCCAUAUCCACUAAAAAGAGCUCUGCUUCAGCUUCUUCCACGCCCGACGCACCGGCUUCUAGGAUCAGGAACAAGUUGGCAGAGGAAGUGUUGACAGAUCCGAGAAACAGAGAUGGGUAUGCAAAUGGUAGUGAAGCUUCUUCCACGCGUGAUGCGCCGGCUUCUGGGAGGAAGAAGUUGACAGAGGAAGCGUCGGUGACUCUGCGACCAGAAUUUCCAAGAAGGAUCAGAUGUAAUCCAAUGCCACAAUUCAUCACAAUAGUAACAUACAACAUCUGGCAAGAAGAUGUGAAACUGAACGAGAGGAUGAAAGCUAUUGGGGAACUCAUGCAAGCUCUGAAUAUGCCAGACAUAAUUCUAUUUCAAGAGGUAACACCUGAAAUUCGCAAAAUUUUUAAAGAGUUCAAAUGGUGGCAACAAUACAAAUGUGUGUCGCACAAAACACCAACAACGAAACAUUUCUGUUUGCUGUUAAGUAAGCUUCCAGUGAAGGUUCUGGGUUUGGAGCACUGUAAGGAUUCCAUCAUGAAGAAGAAGUUGAUUGUAGCUGAAGUAGAAGCGUUGGGGAAGAGAAGAAGUUUGGUCAUCGCCAAUGGUCACCUAAAGAGACCUAAUCUACCUGACGAUUCGCACACGAACAAACGCACUGCUCAAGCCAAAGAAGCCAUCACUAUCCUUGGAAACUAUAAUAAUGCCAUCUUUGGAGGUGACAUGAACUGGAGUGAGGACCUAGAUGGGUGCUUCCCGUUGCCCAAUGGGUGGGUCGAUGCUUGGGAGCACUUGAGACCCUUCGAGAACGGGUGGACUUAUGACAACGUGUCCAACCAAAUGAUGAUCAAAGGAAAGAGAAGGUUGCGGAAGAGAUUGGAUAGGUUUUUGUGCAAACUGAAGGACUAUAAAUUGGCAUGUAUCGAGAUAAUCGGCAAGGACAUCAUACCGGGACUCAGGCACCAACACAGGGAGAAAGACUACCCUGUGUUAUGCAGUGAUCACUUCGGAUUGCUUCUACGAAUAUCUAUUUGAUAGAUUCGCAAAGCUUGUAAUCUAGAUGCACUGAAAAUGUGUUUGAUUGCCAGUGUUGACAGAAAAUGUAAAAUUUUCAGAAUCAGAAAAAGUAAUUAGAGUACUGGAAAAGUUACUUGGAUACUUA